CAGAGUUUCAAUAAAUUUACAGAGACAGAAGGAGAGAAUGGAGAAGGGAUCAAAAGUGGAUCAACUUGAUCCAAUAAUCAAUAAUCGUUUGGCAGAUCUUAAUCUUGGGAACAGUAACAAUAAUGGGUCUGUAAAUUUAACAACAAAUCGGUGUUCGAAAUGUGGUAGUAGUACUAUGAAGAGACCACGAUUAUCAUCAUCUUGUUUAGAGAACCCUAAUGAUCAAGAAUUAAUAAGAAACAAGAAGAUGAAGAUGAAGUUAAGUUCAAUUUCAGUUCCUGCAUACAAGAAGAAGAUGAAGUUGAGUCCUAUUUCAAUUCCUUCAUCGUCAUCUUUGGUUAACUCUAAUUUGAAUUCAUCAAGUCAAUCGUUUCUUUUAUCACCAAAAACUGUUGUUUCUCCAUCUCCAGGAACUCCCCCCAAAACUAAUAUUAUUUUCCUUGGUGCCAUUUCUUCUUCACAGGCAAACCCUAAGAACCCAUCUCCAAUUCAACCAACCUCUCUUAACCCUGAUUCACCAUUCUGGUGGAUCUCAUCUCGAUCUCCAUCACCAUCCCCUCCUUCCUCUGUUUCAUCACACUUCUCUCCUUCCUUUCUUUCACCAUCACCAUCCCCUCCAUCUGUUUCACCACCAUUCUCUCCUCCAUCUGUUUUACCACCAUUCUCUCCUCCAUCUGUUUCACCACCAUUCUCCCUUCCAUCUGUUUCACCACCAUUCUCUCCUCCAUCUGUUUCAUCACCACCAUUCUCUCCUCCAUCCGUUUCACCACCAUUCUCCCCUCCAUCUGUUUCAUCACCACCAGUUUUUUCUUUCUUAACCCCAAGAAAACCCGGGAAAGAACUCAUUCCUUCUGCUUUAUCUACGCAAUUGAGUAGCCCAAGAAUGGAGGGCGCAACGGCAAAUAAACCCAAUUGUUUUCUUUCACUUUCUUUUGGUUGUGGGUCUAAAGAUUCACAAUCGUCACUGUCACCAUUACCAUCACCAACACCAUCAUCCACUGCAGCAACUGAGAAUGAAGGUUCAAAGGCACAAGCUGUGACAGUAAGGCCAUGUUUGCCACCGCGUGCUCCUCCUAUACGUCGGUGUCUUUCUGAUCCUUAUUCUUUACCUACCACAACUACUACUGCUGUUGCUCCAACCCCAUUCAACAGUAAUGAUCAGAUGAACCAGAAUUCGGCGUGUCAGAAUACUGUAAGAGGUGGCCAUACUCCUCCGGGCGCUGCUUCGGUACAUAAUGUUGUAAGAUAUGGAAAUGCAGUUCAAGAACACAUACGCGCUGGUUGCAAGAGAAGGUUCUCGCCAGUGCUUCUUGCAUGAGUGCAUAUUUACCUAAUUCUAUCAGAAAAAACAGCAUUAUGUUUUCAUCACGGCUCCAGGAUCGUCUUCUAUUCUUUUCAUUUAUAAUGCAUUUGAUUCACUUCAACAAUUUCAUUAACACGAUGAGGCUUUCACUGUGGAAACUGCAUUGCUGAACCUGUCUUUGAGAGUCACGGUUUGGCUGCUGAUAUCAACAAUCAGGUCCUCUUUCUCCUUUCGAAGCAUCAAUUAACUUUUCUAUCUAAGAAGUUGUUUCGAACUUCGAUAUUUGUUGUUCAUAACGAGGUCGCAGGAGGUUGUGGCAAAUGAAAAUGUCAGUUCAAUUUGAGAGAGAUGAGAGACACUAUGAGAAGCAGAAACAAGUUGUGUUUGCCAUUACCGAAAUGCUUUUGUAGUUUGUUUUUUCUUUUAUUGUAGGUUGCUGUUUUUUUUGU